AUGAGCUCUUUCAACAAUCUUCCCCGACCUCAAAGCGUGCAGUCUGGCCUACCAAAACACUUGAUCUUCAGAGUUCGACGUGUUCCACUUGAUUCACCGGGGGAUCUAGUAGCAGCAGCUCAUAGCCCGAGCUACUUUCAACUACAGGCUGGCCCAGCAGAUAUUUUGUGCCUACCAACAAGUGCAGAAAGCGCAGAGACACUCAUCCCGUAUCUUCUCGAAGCGUUAAUCGUUGGCGACGAUCCCAAGUGCCACGGGUGCAAGAAAAGCAGCAAUGCUGUAGCGGAGACGCGAAAGAAGUGUUCUGCCUGCGCAAAAGCUUGGUACUGUUCUCAGGAUUGCGAGAGUAAGAACUGUAAGAGCCACGAGCUUGCAUGUCUUGCCAACAGGCAAGGUCCGAACAGCACAACUUCAGCAUCAGCAUCCGGUCUGCGUAGCAACGAGUGGACUCAAGAUCCAGUCAGCUUCUUCACGAAGGUCGCUUAUACGAAGCCAGAAGCUAAGGAUCUUGCGAGGAGUUUGAACAUACCUCUACCCACCUCUAGGAACGACUUCGGAGGCACAAUGAAGCCCAUGCGUCGCCUGGUAGUCACAGGCAAAGACACCCCCGAGAACAUGGAGCUCUUAUUCGGACCAGGCUGGCGAAACACUCUGCUAAAAGACCAAGAAGAAGCCCGCCUCCAUGUCCUGCUCAACCCUCCCCGCGGCUCUCCCAGUUAUGCCGUGGAUUCAAGACUCGACAGUGGCGCACCAAACUGGUCACCACGGCCUGCGAGCGACGGUGAGAAGCAGAAGGUUGCAGAGGUCAGAGAGAUGCAGGAAAUGAUUCGUAACAAAGUCGGAAGUGGUCGCUCGCCAUCCAAUGCCGACACGCGGGAAAUACUGAAUUCUUUUGGUGCCGCGUGGGCGGAAAAGACGGAGAUCUACACACUGGCCCUGAACACCAUGGACCAGACCGUUGCUCCUUUGCCUUAA